AUGAAGAGUAACAAUCCGCAUCCUAAACCUUUAUGCGUCAUCGAUCGUUUUCAUCAACUGCAAACAGAAACAGAAUCGACCGGAUUCCGCCGAACUCAUAAAAGAAGAUAUGGAAAAACAAGUAAGAAAGAAGAAGUAACGAUACCUUUGAAUAUUUCGUCGCCGAGAAUCAUCUUUACAACCGUCUUUGAAUCCGUUGAGAUCGGUUGUCUAACACUCUUCUUCCCAUCCGUUCAUGGUGUCGAGAUGCAAUUCUUGCUUCGCUGGGGUUUGCGUUUGAGCAUUUUGGAAGAACGAGGAUUGAUGAAAACCAAAGGCAGAUUUGGAAGCGUGGCAUCAAGACAAAGAGGACAAAGGGAUAAUUUCGAAGAAUGGAAGCUUCACCAUUCUAGGCGCAACAUCGUACUUUCGGCGGUGGUUCUUUGCUUCAAUCGGAUAAAAAGCUCUUUCACAAAACCUAAUCCUCUUUCAAUUUUUUGCUGA